UUCCGCUCAGACCAAAUAGGUGGACGGAAGUCGGCUGAACCCGAAACUCUGAUCCCUAGGCUCUUCGGCCUUGGCAUCGAACAUUGGAACUUCAUUGCUGCAGGCCUCGUCUCCUCGCCGUCGCUGUCGUUCUCCUCAGUCCGCUGAUUGUUUUGCGCAGAGAGCUAGGUGACAAGUAAAAGGAGAUAGAGUGUUGAACACAGGUCAGUGUCAGAUACUGUUGCUGCAGCCUAGAACCCUAGACUAGAGUAUUGGGUGGGGAAGAAAGAAGCCAUGAAUGCCCCAGAUCGUUAUGAGCGUUUCGUUGUUCCUGAAGGCACAAAAAAGGUCUCUUAUGAGCGGGACACCAAGAUCAUCAAUGCAGCAUCCUUCACUGUUGAGAGAGAGGACCACACAAUAGGCAACGUUCUUCGCAUGCAGCUGCACAGGGACCCUAAUGUGUUGUUCGCUGGCUACAAGCUUCCUCACCCUCUUCAGUAUAAAAUUAUUGUCAGGAUACACACCACUAGUCAGUCUUCGCCAAUGCAGGCGUAUAAUCAGGCCAUUAAUGAUCUUGACAAGGAACUGGAUCAUCUGAAAAAUGCCUUUGAGGCGGAGAUGCUGAAGUUUUCAAGGGAUUAUUGAUGGACAUUCCGGGUGCACAUGACAUUAGGGUGUAAACAAGAUGGUAUGAGCGUUGUACGAGACUUGUCGAAGUCUGAUGGUGUUGUACUUUGGAACUUAUCAUCGUAAUGUUGAAAAGGGAAGUCUCAACUGAAAUAUUGCAGUUAAUACUCGUAACGCUACUUCUGGUUUCUUUUUGGUUACUUACUUUCCUCCUGCCUUAUCUUCCUCCAAUUAAGUUCUCUCAAUUGAAAUUUAAUUAAGGGCUUGUAGCAGUGAUAACUUCUGAAACGCAAUCAAACAGAUGUACGCAAGAACAAAGGAUACAUGUGAUAAUUUCAAGUACUGUAUUAUGCUAUAGUCGUCACAGUACAGCCA